AUGAUUUCCUUGAAUGAUUAAUUUAGGUCAAAGGACUAAAUAAUAAAUAAGUAAGGCAAAUUAUUUAUAACUAUCAUAGAGCUCUGUAGAAAGAAUAAUAAAUUGAAAAUUAUGAAUGGUAAAGUUCCAUUUCAGAAUACGAAUAUUUAUUUUGGAAUUCUGAGAAUUACAGAUUUAAAAAGAUCAAAUAUGAAGUCUAAUUAACAAAAGAGAAAGAAAUUAAAUACAUUUAAGAUGGAUAGAUUCUUAGGAUGUCAGUUUAUUAUACAAAUAUAGUGAAUAAGUAAUAAAUUCAAUCUAAAAACCUGAAAUCUUGACUAACUUACAAUAGAUUAAAUAUCUUCAAUGGUCUGGAAAAUACGGGCAAUAUUCUUUGAAAAUAGGUAGAUGGUCAGCUACUUGGAAUAAUGAAAUUAUUUUAGAAAGUGGUGGAUAUUACUCUGAAGAUGGAUAGAAGCAAGGUUUAUGGAAAGAUAUAAACAGGCAAUAUUGGAGGUAAGAUAUAGUUAUUAAUCGUCACGUAUAGCGAAGCCCAAAUCUAUGAGAUAGGACUAUAUAUUGAUAAUACAAGAAGGGGAAAAUGGAAAUAUAUCUACAAUAAUAAUGAAAUGUAUUAUAAAUUGAUUAGUUUUUUAGAGGUGGAGGCUUCUAUGAUGAGAAGGGUUUAAAGAUUGGCAAAUGGAUAGAAUUGAGCGAAUGCUUUUGGAAGUAAAGAUUAUUAAAAUAUUCAUCAAUAGAUAAGGUUAUGUCCUUUAUUAUGGGGAAUACAAAAAUGGUAAAAGGUAUGGUAUAUGGAAUGCUUUGCAUAAGAGGAAUGGUUACAAACAAUUAAAAUUAAUGUAAUCAUGAAUUUCACUUAAAUCCAGUGGCUUAGGAUCAUAUGAUAUUAGUUAGGUGGACAAUCUGACAGUAGAUUCCUUUCAAGUUGGAAAAUGGAUUGAAUUGAAUAAUGGAUUUUGGGAGUAUUUUAUGUUGGUUGAUUACAAUUUCUAGUUUGGCUUAGGUUAUACAUAUUGGUACCUACAAAGAAGGCAAAAAAUGUGGUAGAUGGGAUAUAUUAUAAAGAAUUAGAAAUAAUACACCUUUUGAAAUAAUGUAAUGAUGCAAUGUUUCAACUCUCUUUAGGGGUGGAGGAACUUAUAAUGACACGUUAGAAGGCCAAGUUAUUUCAAGUUCAUUGAAGAAUGGAAAAUGGAUAGAGCUGAAUGAAGGAUUCUGGAGGUAUUGCAUAUUAUUUAGUCGACGAGGGAUAAUUAAAUAACUUACAAUGGAGAAUACCAUAAUGGAGUAAAAGUAGGAAAAUGGGAUAUUUAUUAUUAUAAUGAAGAUACUGAAAACAAUGAAUUGAUGUACUUCUCUACAAUAUUUUUAAAUUCAGAGGUGGUGGUUCUUAUAUUGAAAAAAUUAAUGAUUCAAAUAUCGCUAGUUCAGUUAAAAUAGGUAAUUGGAUUGAGUUGA